AUGGUGGCUAAGAGGCCUGAGGCAAAAGCCAAGUCACAAACAAAAGCAUUUUGCACAGUUGGCAAAUUCGCCCGGUGGGCGAAAGUCUCCUACGUAAUAGAAUCUUCUGAUUGUUGGGUNGAGCCCAGCCAGUCCGCCAGCUCAGACUCCGAGGAUUUAUCUUCAAACGAACGAAAACACACAAAAUCAUCUUUAGGGCAGAACAAGAAACGCAAGAAAAGACGUCACCGAACCAUAUUUACCUCCUAUCAGUUGGAGGAGCUGGAAAAGGCCUUUAAUGAAGCGCACUACCCGGAUGUUUACGCUCGAGAGAUGCUGGCCAUGAAAACAGAGCUGCCUGAGGACAGAAUACAGGUAUGGUUUCAGAACCGCAGAGCCAAAUGGAGGAAGAGGGAGAAAUGCUGGGGCCGCAGCACGGUGAUGGCUGAGUAUGGACUGUACGGAGCCAUGGUGAGGCAUUCCAUCCCUCUGCCUGAAUCCAUCCUCAAGUCCGCCAAGGAUGGCAUCAUGGAGUCAUGUGCUCCCUGGCUGCUGGGGAUGCACAAAAAGUCCAUAGAGGGAGCAGCUCCCCCGUCAACAGGAAAGUGUGAUGCUCCGCAGCAGCCGAAUGCUCCGAGGCCAGAGGACGUUGAAGUGGAGGAGAAGAGGUCGGAGGGAAAGCCUGUCAUUUCUAAAGAGGAACUGAGAGAGAACAGCAUUGCUGCUCUAAGGGCCAAGGCUCAGGAGCACAGCGCCAAAGUGCUGGGGACAGUUUCUCAUGACAGACCGCUGGAGGGCAAACAGGAGUUCCAGGGGCCUGAAGAGAAGGCCAGUAAUCCAACUAGUCCAGAAGAGGAGCAGAGAAGUCCCUAGAACUAAUUCAGAGUCUAGACUGUCAUUGUGAAAUGAGACUGCUGUGGAUUAGCUACAUUUAGUUUAAAUCUGGAUUAACUGACUCGGAUUUCUGUCCUUCACUGACUUCCUCUAACUGGGCCUCAUCUGGACUUCUAUUAACUUGUGAAAGGAACUUGUUGGUUGCUACCAAGAAGAUGCAAAUGCACUUUUUUCUGAUGUGUUUUCAGACGUUCUCCAGUUUCUUCUUUAAAUAUUAGAGGACCUGACAGAGUAGCAGCAAUAGACGAUAUUGUAAAUAUACCUUAAAAACAGUCAGAUGAGUAAAAGCUAGAUGUAACAGUGCAUUUAUUGCAAUGAGUAUAAUUUAAUUUGUGUCUCUUUCUGACUGUGCUUAAACAACUAUUAAAUUGAAGCAUUUUAGAGGAACCAUCCCAUCAGCAGUAAGAGAAAAUUGUUGUUCUAUAUCAUGCUGUAUAUAUAAGGAUAUAUAAAUCUUUAAAAUGUCUUUCAUGUAGUCUUUAAAUGUCAGUGUUUUUUAUUUCAUUAUGUAUAAGUCAAAAGUUAAAACAUAAAAUAGAGACGACUUUAUUAAAUCUGUUUCCCAUGCCUGUGUAACUCCUCAUUGCCAUGAAUUCAUGAUAGAUGUAGUGUAGAUUUUUGUUGCUUGAUGCCCUGCUGGCUGCAGUCAUUAGGAGAUGGUCUGAGAUGCAUGCUUACGUUAACCCUCUGUAAUCUGUGGCAGUUGAAAGCCCUCGGUUUCAGAUUAAAUGAGGGGAGCAGCACUUUUGGGAGAUGGGAAAUAGAAUAAACGCCUCAAAGCAGGGUCAACAUCUGCCUGAAUUCAAAUGACUUUUAAAUGCUGAAGCACAAUCUGUUAAUCCUACUUUCACAAUACUUAACAAAAACAAGUUUAUCUAUUGAAAGUCUUCACUUUCUUCUGGGUGUUGCUAAUGUGUUGAAGAGGGUAUUUUAGGAAGACGGAAAAUUCUUUACUCUUUGACCUUUACUCUUCUGAUCAAGCUAACAGGGCUUCACAAUGACAACACCAACAAUUGAGCUGCUUUGCAUUCACCUCAUCUCAGUCUUUUUUUUAACCUCACCCUAUCAGCUCCUAUCGUC